CACUGACACUGACAGCUACAGGGAGCACGUGCAAGGCGAGUGGGCUCAGCAAAAUGUGAAUUUUGAGCUUUCUGAUUAGUUGGCGAAUAAAAGGGGUGUGAUUUUCAAAUCAUUUUCUGACACUGGCGACAGUUAUGCAGCGACAUUUCCCUGCAGGCGGCGGCAUGGAGGGGAAGGUGCUGUCUGCAGUCUGAGUUCAGGUUCAUUUAUCCUCAGUGUGGAAGACAAUGGACACUAAGCCGCUGUGCUACGAGCUGCUGUCAGAAGUAGGCGAGGGCUCCUACAGUAAGGUGUAUAAAGCCAGAGAGGUGGGGGAGAAACAGCGCCUCCUGGCGGUGAAGAAAUUCAACAUCCACGGAGACACUUCAGACUCCGGGAUCCCCGCCUUUAUGAUCCGGGAGGUGGCGCUGCUGCGCAAGAUGAAGUACUUCAACCAUCCCAACAUAGUCAAGCUGUUGGAUGCAUCUGUUGUACCAGUGGGCCGGAGCCUGGACCUCACUCUGGUGUUAGAGUACAUUGACCAGGACCUGUCCACCUACCUCUCCAAGGCUCCUGCUUCUGGACUGAGCCGUGACAGUAUUAAGGAUGUGAUGCAGCAGCUGCUGCAAGGAUUGGACUUCUUGCACACAAACAUGGUGCUGCAUCGUGACCUAAAACCAGAGAACGUCCUGGUCAGCAGCCGCGGAGAAGUGAAGAUCGCAGACUUUGGGCUGGCACGCAUCUACACCUUUAACAUCGCUCUCACUCCAGGUGUGGUGACGCUGUGGUACAGAGCUCCCGAGGUGCUGCUGAACUCUGUUUACAUGUCCUCAGUGGACAUGUGGAGCGCUGGCUGCAUCUUUGCAGAGCUCUUCCUCCUGAGACCGCUGUUUCAGGCGUACACAGAGGUGCAGCAGCUGCAGAAAAUCUUUGAGGUUCUUGGUUUGCCCAGUGAGGAGGACUGGCCCGAGGACAGCCCGAUCUCGUACUCAGUCAGCUGGGGGCCGAAGGUUUCCUGCACCAAGCUGCUGCACAACCUGGGCCAGGACGAGAAUGACCUACUAGCUAAAUGUUUGGCAUUCAGACCAAGCGGCCGCAUCUCCGCUGCCAAAGCCCUGGCUCAUCCUUUCUUUAUGAAGCACUGAAGAUUUCAGUCGGAGGAUGAGUUGAAAUGAAGAAAAACCUCAGGUCCUGCGACUCGGAGACUCCCUGCUCUGACUGUCCCUGUGCCCUAAGAUCCAUCAGAGCACGGACUGUCUACUGGCAUCAUGAGGACAUUUUGAACUUCAGUACAGGAAAUAAAAAACACAUUAUUCCUGACCGGUAGGGAAUGAAUCUUAUGGUACAAAAAUAUCCAGUAAACACUUUUAUGACAACAGCCAUUUAUAUCAACACAUAUAAUUUGAUACAAUUGUACAAUUUGAAUAUUGCUGCGUAACGGUUUUAUUUCUGAGUUACUGUAAAUUUGUCCUCAAGCAAUUUGAGAGGACGAUGGUUAUUCCCAUAACGAUAGUGCUACUUUGUUCUUGUUGAAUGUUACUAAUAAAAAUAGGGAUUUUGUUUCUCUGUAAACAACUGACAACACUAUUAUGAGCACCUUUACGUUGAUUAGUUUGUUAGUUUGUUAGUUUGUUUGUUCCACACUUGUAUACAUUGGAGGAAGUGAAGUCCUUUUAUUUUAGUUAUGUUUGUGAAGAUAUUUAUGGUGUAAUGACUGGAAUAGAUUACACCUGUAUUUAUGUUUGUAGUGACACAUUGUACAUUUUUUUUCCCACAUGAGUUACACUGUUCAUUCAACAAAGCUUUUCCAUAAAUAAUUGUCUCACUGAUCAA